GUCUGAUUCUAAUUGAAAUCUGUUUUGUAGGAGAGGAAGAUAGAACAAUGAACCUCUUCCUAAAGGUUGUGAUCCUUGGUUUUGUAACUGCUGUUCUAUUGAUAAUCAUCCUCAUCCUGGUCCUCAAGGUCAGACGAGAUGCAAACAGACUAAACACAGGUAUGGAGCCCAUUUCACAUGGGGCCGGCUAUUAACUACACUUACAUAGUGAAAAUGUUUCUCAUGACAUACUGCAGGGGUAGGCAACCCUGGUCCUGGAGUGCCGCAGGCCCUUCAUGUUUUUGAUUUAACCGACCUGGAAGACCAGUUGUGUUCAAUUUAGGCAAUCGCUGAACUGAUCAAUUAGCUCAGUUGGGCAGGUGUGGUGCCUAGUUGGAACAAAAUCCUGCAAUACCUGCGGCACUCCAGAAACAGGGUUGCCUAUCCCUGAAAUAUUGUAUACUGAGAAUUGAAAGAGUCAGUAAAAGUUGUAUAUUGCGCACUACAAUAUGUGCAAUUCAGAAACAGUCUAAAUCAUAAUUGUGUGUUAUGGUGUUUCCAAAUCUACAGAACCAAGAUCCUGAUGCACUGCAUUUUGCCGCCAUGAAUUUCACCUCCAAGAUAAAGAAGAGGGAGAGAAGAAGAGAGGAGCUGGACCCCCAUGUAGUGUAUGCUGCUACAAGAUGACAAAGUGGAGGAGGAUGGAGAGGAGGGAAAGUGUCUUGCCAUAUCUUUGAAUACAAGUUUAAGUCCUUCUAUAUUGUAUGUGUAGUUAAAACAAAUGCAUUGAAAUGUAAAUCAGUAAAUAUAUCUGUAGUUUCUGUGCGUUGUACUUCAGGUCCACUGUAGCCCUCUUCCACUCUGUUAGGCCACACAGCUCAGUGGUUAGAGAGGGGGAGUUAGACUCAAGCCACAACUGUUUAAUGGCCACAGAGGAGUAGUUGCCUUUUUUGACCUCUCUUAGCUUAGAUCUCUGUUGUGUGUAUUAGUGAUUUGGUUAUUCUUUAAUAAGUUGGCCGUAAAGGACAAAGUACCCAGCUUUGGAAAAUUUUAUUACAUUGAUUACUUAAUAAAGAUAGAGAGUUAAUUCCAAACUGCCACAAUGUUGUUUGUCAUUAUGUUUUUCGCCCCUUAGUAUUUCCUGUCUUGUUGCACUGAUCACAGCCCCCUAUUCUGAGAAGCAGCUAGUUGCCUUAUAAGGAGAAUAUGAUUGGGGUCUGAGGUAGAGGAGGGGCCAGUGAGGAACGCAUCACUUCCUGUGGUGUGAGUGACAGGGAGGAGCAGCUCAGUGAUGAGUGAGACCUGCUGAGGUGAACAUCACUGGUCUCUCUCUCUCUCUCUCUCUCUCUCUGCCCGCCCAACAAACACAUUUUAUUUGUUGAAAAUGUUCUACCUGGACAAAAAAUAGUGCUGCAAAGGGUGCUCAUAUGGGACAGCUGAAUAACCCUUUUAGGUUCCAAGUAGCACCUCAUUUUCUAAGAAUGUGCCUGCUCAAAAGAACCUGGUCACUUUUCCACCACGUGACAUGUGUAAGUAGAAGUGCGUGGGUGAUUUGAGGGGCGGUUGACAAUAAUGUGACAUGGAGACAGUAGACCUGUCAUGCGUCACUCUCUCUCUGCUGAAGACAAACAACCUGCACUACAGGAAGACUGGCCUUCAGCUCUCACCACACUUCUCAAUGCAUCAAAACCACACACGCUCUUUUCAUACCUCUCUUUAUCUGUUCAUCUGGAUGAUGAACACCAGACCCCCGUCGUUCAGUUAGAUGUGGCAAGUAUGUGAAGAAUACAAACAAGCUAAAAGCUUUUCCCAUAACCUAAAGUAUUCAACAAGGGUCCAAAGUGCAGAUUCAGAUUGGGUGUCAUCUAAAUAGUUUGGUCAACUAUUUUCCUUCAUGAAAACCUCUGACCCAUUCACUCAUACAGAACAACUUAAGUCAGUAUCAAUGUUCACAGUGCUAUUUAUUCAUGCUUAUACAAUAAGUGCAUGCACAGGGAUUUGGUGAAAGCAAGUAACAUACUACAUAUAGGCUAUUGAUAUUGGCCCUAACUUUGUCUAUUUCCUGGUGAGGUAGAUGAUGAUGAAGAUGGUCAGACAGCAGAGGAGAACUCCAGUUCUUAUGAUGGAGAGAAGGUCCAGGAUUGUCAUCUAUGGAUCAACAUCACCAUCUGAAAGAAAUUAAAUAUACUGUAUCACACCACUAUGGUGCUAUGGGCAGCAGUCGAUAAUGUGUAAUCAAUCAUUAACUGUAAUGUUCAUGUCUUUCUAAUAAUAGUAUUUGGGUUAGGAAAUGUAAGCUACCUUCAACAUCCAGUUUGGUCCCGUUCCCAAACAGUAUCUCCCCACAUGAGGCCACAGCACAGUAGUAAGUCCCAGCAUCAGAGAGGCUGAGGUUCCUCUUGGGGAGGUUGUAGACACAGCUCUGUGUAGGAGACCCAUCCUCAGGGCUCUUCUCACACUGAUCACUCCUGUCUCCAUGGGAGUAAAUGAUUCCUGGAUGGGAUUCUCCUGAGCCAUGUCUGAACCAAUAGACACUGUGUUCUCCUGCACAGGUCUCAGUGUGUAUUGUACAGUUCAGAGACACAGAGUCUCCUGGCUGGACUGACUCAGACACAGGCUGCUCUACAACAUGCUGGGUUCUGGAAUCUGCACCUUCUCCAGGACUAUAAAAUCACGUUACUAUCAAUGACUUGCACAAUUUCCAAAUACAACAUAUCUGUGCUAAAAGAGAAGAUAAAAAACCUUUAUGCGUACCCUGAUGCAUCAGAAAAACACCACUCCUGAAGAUCAUGUGUUCAUAAUCAAUUGCAGCACAGUAAUACAUCCCCAUGUUGGAAUCGGAGAUGGUUAGCACACAACUGGUGCCACUCUUCCUUGUAGCAAAGAUAAGCUUUUUUGUCAAACUCUCCAAAGAAAUUUGCAGUGAGCAUACAGAGAUAACAUCUGGGGCUUGUCCUAUCAUCGACAGACACAGUGAUGAAGCAUUCCAAAUCAACUGUGUCUCCAAGAGUGACGGUGUUCCAAACAUCAGACUGAGUGACAACAACAGCAAGUGACAAAGCUGAAAGAUAAAUAUUUAUAUUAAUAAAGAAUCCACAUAUCAUAGUUCAAAAUAUAUUUGAAUCUUAAAUACGUAAGCAUGAUUGUCCCUUUAAUAGUACGUUUGCACUCUUAUUACCCCCAGCUUUACCUGCUCAGAAUAACAGAGAGAUGGCAGGACAGAGUUUCAUCAUUGUCCUUCCAAUGUGUAUACUGGUGGUCUUGUCUGUCAGAUAAGAGUAAGAGACAGGGGGUUGGCUGUCGUACACAUCAGGAGUGAUGGUCCCCAUGCCUGAUUGGCGGGUCUGAGACCUGUAGAGAGACUGUACCAUUCGUAUUUCAAACAGUGAACUCUGAAGUUACAUGAACGUCAUAAAUAAUCAGAAAGUGAACAACAUUCUUAUCUAUUUCUGAUUACACUGUACCUAAAUUAGCUGUACAUAAAUUAACCAUAUUUUCAAGUUAAAUGAAAUACAAUAGUCAUCAUUAAUUUACCUUUUUCUCCAAAGUCCAUCAUGAAUAGGCUUCAACCGCAGUAUGUUGCUGUAUCAGAGUUUGACUCAAACGUGAGAAAAAAGUCCUUUAUAGGUGUCAGGUAUGCCCCUUUCUUGCAGUUUGUUCUUCAUGGUCUAACUGACAUUAGAAAUAUGUCGAGCAUCAACCACAGUGUGAGGUGACAGGAACUACAAGUCUGGAGCCAGAGAUGACCUGACAUUGGUUAGUAACUCUGACACCCAGACAGAGCUGCAGGCGUUGAUCAUUAGCUAAAAAGCCAGUCUCUGAAAAAACCUGUCUACCUUUGUAUCUGUAGCCACAUCCUGGCUAGGGUUAAGGUUAGUGGAUAGUUAGUUGAACAUCUAUAGACCAGCUGUAGGGACUAUCCAAAUAAAGCAUUACCAGCAGCACUAACCUUGCAUUGAAUAUGUUGUAUUUUUUUUUACACGACAAAUGUAGUUGUUUCAACUAAUUAUUCAUAUCACAUUUUAUUUGUCACAUGCUCCGUAAACAACAGGUGUGGACUAACAGUGAAAUACUUACUUACGGGCCCUUCCCAACAAUGUAGAGAGAAAGAAAAUAUAGAAAUAAUAGAAAAGUGAAACACGUAAUAAUAAAAGUAAUAAUAGAUACAUAACGAGUAACGAUAACUUGGCUAUAUACGCGGUGUCACGGUCGCUGACUGAAGCGGACCAAGGCGCAGCGUGAUAAACGUACAUUCUUUAUUAGUACACACACGAACCAAAACAAUAAACCAAACGAUACGUGAAGUCCUGGGUUAUACACAAAACCUUAACGGAACAAGAUCCCACAAAACUAACAUGCCAAAAGGCUGCCUAAGUAUGGUCCCCAAUCAGAGACAACGAGCUACAGCUGCCUCUGAUUGGGAACCACCCUGGCCAACAUAGAUCUAAACGAUCUAGAACGAAAACAUAGAAAAUGUAACAGAAAUUCCACACCCUGGCUCAACAUUUAAGAGUCCCCCGAGCCAGGGUUAUGACACGCGGGGUACCAGUACAGAGUCGAGGUGCAGGGGUACCAGGUAAUUGAGGAAGAUACGUACAUAUAACUAGGAAUAAAGUGACAGAUAAUAAACAGUAGCAGCAGCGUAUGUGAUGAGUGAAAAAAGUUAGUGCAAUGUAGAUAGUCCGAGUAGCUAUUUGAUUAACUACUGUAUUUAACUAACUAUUUAGCAGUCUUAUGGCUUGGGGUAGAAGCUGUUCAGGGUCCGGUUGGUUCCAGACUUGGUGCAUCGGUAUCGCUUGCCGUGCGGUAGCAAAGAGCACAGUCUAUGACUUGGGUGGUUGGAGUCUUUGACCAUUUUUAGGUCUUUCCUCUGUCACAGCCUGGUAUAGAGGUCCUGGAUGGCAGGGAACUCAGCCACAGUGAUGUACUGGGCCGUACGCACUACAAUCUGUUGCGCCUUGCGGUCGGGUCCUUAGCUUAGUGAUGAGCUUGGAGGGCACUAUGGUGUUGAAUUCUGAGCUCUAUUCAAUAAACAGCAGUCUCACGUAGGUGUUCCUUUUAUCCAGGUGGGAAAGUGAAAUAGAGAUUUCAUCAUCUGUGGAUCUGUUGAGGCAGUAUGCAAAUUGAGUGGGUCCAGGAUGAUGUUGUUGAUGUGAUCCAUCACCAGUUUUUCAAAGCAUUUCAUGGCUACAGAUGUGAGUGCUACAGGUCGAUAGCCAUUUAGACAGGUUACCUUGGCGUUCUUGGGCACAGGGACUAUGGUGGUCUGCUUGAAACAUGUACAGUACAUUGUGCAUGUUCAUUCAUUCAUUCAUUAUUAUUCAACAUGUCCUCACCUGGGAUUUGAACUCACAACUUCUUGGAUCAUGGCUACGCCGAUCCUCCUGCUACACCACCAUGUGUGUGCCAAUUAUCAGUUAAUCUGACUGUUCCCAUCAUUGAUUAGAUGUUCUUAUUUAAGCAAUAUUUCAUUUUUUUCUGCAUAGUUGUCUAAUGUUGGUGGGGCAUAUUACUUACUCUGUUUUAAUGUUACACAAUCACUAUGAUAAAUAAAAUCGUUUUUCUUGAGUGUACUUUUAACAGAGCUGAUGUAUUUCACAUACAUAUACUUCUGUUAUUACAUUCCACAUUAAAACACCUGUAGGAGUAUCACUUCUGCUUUCUGUAGACAUUGUGGUCCGAUACCAACUACAACGCCCCCUACCAAUGAAAUCCCCUUUGACUCAGUCUGAUCUCAGAGUGAAUUAAGAGAUAUUCUCUGAUUCACAGCCAGACAGAGCAGAACUGAUCUACACACAUAAUGAUGAGAACCUAUAUACCAGCUCUACUGGUCUAUGGAUUGAGUAAGUAGGCUAUACAUGUUAACGAUUUAAUGCAUCCGUCAUAGAACCUACAUUUCCAAAGAAUGUAUCUUAACAGAAUGUUUAGCACAGCAUGCAUUAGUGCUCAUGUCAAGAAAUGUACAUGUAAUAUAAACUAUUACAAUCAUUAACUUAGGUCUUAUGUGUUUCAGGUUUGGUAACUCAGUCUCGGACUAUAGUGGUGCGUACUGGGGAUACCAUCACCUUACAGUGCUCAAAUGUUUCAACGGUUGUGGGACACGCAGCCUGGUUCAAACAAGUCAACGGAUCAGAGCCUGUGUGUAUCUCGACUAUGCACGGCUCACAUCCAUCGACAUUUAGGCACAACGAUGGUUUUAAAAGUAGUCAUUUGGAAAUGUACAGCAACAACACCACCAUCUUCCUCAAAAUCACAAAUGUGGAUUCAUCUGACUCUGGCCUGUAUUUCUGUGGAAUGUUUCCACAAAGCUACAUGGUCUUUGUCAAUGCAACAUUUCUAAAGGUUCAAGGUACGUUUUCAACUAUUUAUCUGGCUUUUGAUAUACACUGAGUGUACAAAACAUUAAGAAUACCUUCCUAAUAUUGAGUUGCACUGCCACCUUUUGCCUUCAGAAUAGCCUCAAUUAUUCGGGGCAUGGACUCUACAAUGUGUCAAAAGCAUUCCACAGGGAUGCUGGCCCAUGUUGACUCCAAUGCUUUCCACAGUUGUGUCAAGUUGGCUGGAUGUCCUUUGGGUGGUGGACCGUUCUUGAUACACACGGGAAACUGUUGAGCGUGAAAAACCCAGCAGCGUUGCAAUUCUUGACACAAACCGGUGCACCUGGCACCUACUAUCAUACCCCGUUCAAAGACAAAUUUUUUGUCUUGCCCAUUCACCCUCUGAAUGGCAUUCAUACACAAUCCAUGUCUCAAUUAUCUCAAGGCUUAAAACUCCUUCUUUAACUUGUCUCCUCCUCUUCAUCUACACUGAUUGAAGUAGGUUUAACAGGUGACAUCAAUAAGGGACCAUAGCUUUCAAAUGGAUUCACCUUGUCAGUCUAUGUCAUGGAAAGAGCAGGUGUUGAUCAUAUUUUGUACACUCAGUGUAUGUUAGGCAUUUUGAUGAAACAUUAAAAAAUAUGUAUUCAUCUAAUCAGGAGUUAAUGAAAGUGUAACCGGUGUCUGACUGUUAAGAGGCCGGGGUUUUUGUGGCACAGCCGUCAGACGCUUUUCCUUGUAACUGUCGUUCCAGUCCGCGUUGCAGCCCUUACUCUUUCCUGUUACAGACAAACCACUGCUGACCGUAGUCUUUCCUCUCUCAGAAAUGACAAUUGCAUUUACCAAUCAUGCUGUUACCGGGUACAACAGAGGUGAGGAAAUACCAGAGUCAUCUAAAGAAAGUUAGUUCCUUUUCAUGUUUUUUUUUUUACUGUUAACAAAUGCAGCUAAUUUAGGUCCGUCAUUAAAUUAUCACAAACUGAUUUAAAGCUAGAGUCCUAAAUUGAAACAAUAACAAGCCUCUGUUUUGGUACAAAGCUGAGGGACGGGGCUGGAGAAAUGUAACCACUCUCAAAUUCAUAGACAGAGCUAUGGAUGCAAAGACUGACCAUCCAUAAUAUCCAAAUUAUAGUUGUAACCAUCUUUUGAGGAUAUAGAGUGUUUGUUUACAUUUCGAAUGUUUACAAACAUUGGAGUAAAACAAGCUUAUAAUUGGGUUUCUGAUGGGCUACAACACUUGAACUAAGCUCAUGAGGCAUUUAUAAGUUAUAUUCUUCAAGACUCAAUGGGUAUCUAUAAUUAAUUUAAAAGUGUGUCAAAUUAAUUUCCCCCCGGGGGCCACAUAUUGUUUUCACUGAGGUCCAGAGGGCAGCACUGAAAAUGUAUUAUAUUUCCUUGCUGUCAAAAUGUGCCCUCUAUCCAUAAUAUUUUUUUAUUUUCAAUGCUCCCUGACUGUCUAGCUUUCAUUUCGGUGAUAGUUAGUGAGCUGACCAGAGUGAAGAGACUGUAUAAAUGUAUAUCCAUUAUCAUUUCGAAGACAGUUUCGAUUUAGUUUUAGUCAUUUUCCACUGGCACAGACAUCAGUUCAGUCUAGAUUUACAUUUGGUUGAGGUGUCAACUAACGUGAAUUCAACGUGAAAUCAACUAAACAUUUCACCAUGUCAUUCGAUUUAGGUUGAAAGUUGGGUGAAAAAAAGACUAAAUUCCCUUAAGUUUGACUUUUUUCAAAUCCAAUCAGUUUUCCACGUCGAUUCAACGUCAUCACUUUGCAUUUUUGGGUUGAAAUUACGUGGAAACAAUGUUGAUUCAACCAGUUUUUGCCCAGUAGGUUAAAUGUCCAUUGAGGUUGUUUUCUUUUUUUUCUUCUUUUUAAACUCAAACCCCAGGCCACAUUGAAUCACCUUGCGGGCCAGAUCCGGCCAUAUGUUUGACACCCCUGAUCUAAUAGGACAUUGUAACGAAACUAUCUGUUUCUUAGGAAAGGUUGAUGGAACCAUGAACCUGUUCCUACUGGUUGUGAUCCUGGGUGUUGUAGCUGCUGUUCUACUGAUAAUCAUCCUCAUCCUGGUCCUCAAGAUCAGACGAGAUGCAAACAGACUUAACACAGGUACAGUGGAGGACCAUAAGCGUUUUCCACAAGCCGUUUACAGUCACCUCCACAAUUAUUGUCACCCUUGAUAACGAUGAGCAAAGAAGAUUGUAUAAAACAAAUCAUUCAAAUACUGUGAAAAUUAUAUUAUUUUAUACAAACACAAUUGAUCAGAGAAAGAGAUUUUGUGUAACAAGUAAUAUUAUUUUUCUCAAAAAGAUAGGUUUCAAAAUGAUUGACACCCCUGUUUUCAAUACUCCAGCACCCUCCCCAUGCAAGGAUAACGACACUGAGCCUUCUCUAAAAUGUUUUAUGAGAUUGGAGAACACAUUGGGAGGGAUCUUAGACCAUUCCUCCAGCAAUCUUUCCAGAUCCUUGAUUUCUUUUGUCUGUGCUUAUGGACUGCGUUCUUCGAAUCAAACUACAGGUUUUCAAUGGUAUUCAAGUCCGGAGACUCAAAAUGUAGAUUUUUGUGGUGAAUUAACAAUUUCUUUGUGGAUUAUGAUGAGUGUUUGGGAUUAUUGUCUUGCUGGAAAUUGUUGCUAAGUUUCAGCCUCCUGGCAGGCAACCAGGUUUUUGGCAAAAAAUAGUCCUGGUACUUGGUAAAUUUCAUGAUGUCGUUGACCUUAACACGGAUCCCAGGACCAGUGGAAGCAAAAUAGCCCCAUAACAUCAAAGAUCCACAACGUAACAUGAAUGUUUGAAUAACUGUUUGUGUACUGACCUAAAUGACUCUUUCCUUAUGCAGAUAUCGAGGCUCAGCUGCAACCACAAAAUAGACAGGUAAUAGAAACUGUUAUAUUUACUUGAUUUGUGUCCAUGACAUAAAGAUAACAGUACUUGGAUUAAGCUAUCUUUUAGAAGUGUUUGUUUUCUUGAUACAGUAUUUGCAUGUUUUGUGUAAUCUUAUUAUUUGUUUUCUACAGGAUACGGGUCAGGAACCAGACUCUCUAAACUACGCAGCGUUGAGUUUCUGUCAGAAGAGGACAAGGAAUGAGAAGACCGCUAAAGGUCAAAUGAUGGAGAUGGAGCAUGUUGUGUACGCUGCCACAAGAUAGUGUCUAAAUGUUUUAAUAUUGAUAUCAGUGUAGCACUGAUGAAGAACUAGCGUAAUACACUGAGUAGACAAAACAUUAGGAACACCUGCUCUUUCCAUGACAUAGACUGACCAGGUGAAUCCAGGUGAAAGCUAUUGUUGUUGUUGUGCUCUGUCCCCCUAUUCCAAGUAGUCAAAAAUCCCCUUGUGACAGCCAUCAUGGUUGGGGUCCGAGGUAGAGUAGGAGGGACCAUUGAGCAAUGCAUCACUUCCUGUAGUGUGGGUGACAGGAAGGAGCAGCUCAGUGUUGAGAAAGACCUGGGGAGAAUCUCAGUUGCAUAUUCCUUGAAAACCAGGGGAUGGACCUCUGGCUUUCUCAUCCAAUGGGUUUUGAGAAGGAGGCGAGGAGAGAGGACGUGAGGAGUAUGCAAUUGAUAUUCUCCUAUGCUGAGGUGAACAACACUGAACCUCUCAUGAUAACAUUUGUCUGAGUGACAGUGGAAUCCUUUUUUUUUAAGAACAUCUAUAAAAUUGAUUCCCAGUAUAUCACCAUCUCAUCAAAUUAAAGAUGACACAGCCCUGGGCGUAAAUAUCAAAUUCAGGGUAAAUAAGAUUAAAAUAAGAUUUAGGACACAAACUGUAACAAACUGGGGCUAUUUUAACCAAACUCAUAAUGCUUGUGGUACUGUACUGUAUAUUUAAGGGAAAAUAAUCAAUAAAUACAAAAAUAAAUGUUUUUGUAGUUUGUGUAUAUACUAUUGUCACUGUUAGGCCUAGUUAUAUUCCAUUCUCUCUAUCUGCUGAAGACAAGCAACCUGAACCACAUGAACACUGACCUGGAGGAGCUUCACAAAAGGAUGAAAGGGAGAUCGAGACAGAGAGAGCAGAGAGAAGAGAGAUGAAGGGAGAGAGAGAAGAGAGAGAGAGAGAGAGAGGGAGAGAGAGAGAGAGAGCUGAUAGAUCGAUCUCUAGAGCUCUAUACGCGAGCUAGAUAGAGAGAGAGUCUCUUCGAGAGACUAUCCUCUUCUUCUAGCUAUCUAUUCUCUCUCUAGCUCUCAUCUUCUCUCUCUCUCUCUCUCUCUCUCUCUCUCCUCUCUCUCUCUCCUCUCUCUCUCUCUCUCUCUCUCUCUCUCUCUCUCUCUCUCUCUCUAUCAAUCUAAACCACACUCUCUUCUCACCAAUCAGGCCUCACAUCUCUUUCCAUCCAUACCGCCAGACUAUAAAUACCUACCCAAAACCAAACUACCCCAGGCUCUAGACUACGUGGGAGGAGUACAAAUAAAGACAAACACUUAUCUACUGUUGUUAUCUAAAUACAGUUGGAUUUAAUUGAAUGCAUUACGUACAAUAAUACUGUAUCGUGGACACCUGGGGUUUGGGACACCUGCACACCGCCAUCUUCUGUUUAGUACAAUAACCAUAAUUUAGCAGGCUAUGUUCAAAAAGACCAUAAAAUAUGUUAUAUUCGAGAUCUUGAGCACUUGUAGGUCUACUUUAAUCACAGUGAAUGCAUUCAUAAACAAUAGACCUACUGCUCUAAUGUUGAGUGUACAGAGGCAGGUGUCAAUGCUCUCUGCAGACUCUCAUCUGAUGCAUUCGCUGCAGACACAACAUCCUCGACCUGUGGUCAGUGUCACCUCACUGGUGUGAACAGGGAUGGAAAACAACCCAUAUCUCAUACAAAGAUCUCUGUGGUCCGAAGUUUCCACUCAACACCUAAACAAACAGACAUCAUGCCGUCCCACAUUUGGCAUAACCUUUUCUUUCUUAGGUACUUUUGAGUUCACACCUCAUAUUUCCUGUGACAUUAUGUGAUAUUGUUUGCUACCAAGGCAGUUUGAUGGCAUAUUACACUUACAGCCCAUGGUUUUCAUGUCAUCAUUGUUUAGUAGAAUAGGAGGGUGCAUUAAGGCCAUGCACUUAUCAAGGCUUAGUUUACUUUUUCUAAAACCGUUAUCUACCUACAGCAUCAACCAAAUGACAAGUUUGCUUCCAAAAUAGCACCCUAUGUGCCCUGGUCAAAAGAAGUGCACAAUGUACUGUAGGGCAGGGAUCAUCAACUAGAUUCAGCCGCGGGACAAUUCUUUCUUGAGCGGAUGGUCGGGGGGACCGGAACAUAAUUACAAAUAAUUUGUAGACUGCAAAUUGACCGCAAGAAGCCCAAACAGAUAUAAUGUUUGACUUAAAGAUAAUAAUUUCAAACCUUGCUUACAUUUGUAUACAAUCAUUUUGUGUCCCUUUCUUAUGCAUGGGAAUAUUUGGGAACAGAGUUCUUAAAUUAAAAUCACUUGGAGCUGAUUUCCUGGUGUUUUCUUACAAUGUUUUGUCCAACAAUGAAAAUUCCUCACAAUGUUUAUUAUUUUUUAUUUUUUGUAUUGCUCAGAAUACUUGGGGAGCCAAAUAAAGCCAGAUGGGGAACCCUGCUGUAGGGAAUAUGGUUCCCUUUCAGAUGGAACCAAGGUCUCCAACACAGUUUCACAAACUCUCUGAGCUGAACCACACUCAUCCCACAUGUUUAAAGAACACAACCUGUUGUUGUCAUGACUUUCAUCUUGCAGAUGAAAUAGUAUGGUACAAAUGGCAAAACUGGAGACAGUAUUGGGAGUAUAUAAAUAUGAAGGAGUAUCCUUAUAGGUGUAAGCUAUAGAGUAGAUUUGAGGGAGCAUAGAGCAAGAUUCCCCCUGUUGGUGAGGGCCUAUAUUGGUAAUUUUGAGAUCAAUAGAAGGAUAAAUCAUGUAAGGAAUUGUGGAAACACUCCUCAAUGUAUGCAUUCAACCAUAUAAUAUCACAAAAAACUGCAUGAAUAGUAAUCUUUCUGUCUGAUAGAAAAUAAUUUGCCACAAUGUCCAAGACUCUUGAUUUAAAGUACUGGAGAAGGCAUUCAUAAGCAGUUGUCAUUCGUAUGAAUAAUGUUAAUGCUACAUUCAAGAACUGAAAUGAGGACAAGGAUAUUUCAUUUGGUCCACAUGGUGUUCAUAUCUCGAUAGCUUUUCUGAAGAAUAUAGAAACUGUUGUUGCGUAACAUGAGGACAGAAAAAAGUCAGAGGGGAGGGUAAAGUUGUCCUGUUCCGUGUCUUUAUAGUUCACAGAGCAGCCAAUCAGCCCUGUGGACCAUCACCCAAGCCAAGUAUAAAAAGACACCCGUAACCCUCUGAUUCUCACUCUCAUCUGACACACAGGAAGACUAGUCUACGCAUGAGAUGCUAUCAUCAGAGAAGGAAUUAUACAAUGACCCAACUAUUUCUCAUAUUUUUACUGAUGUUUAAAACAGGUAAGGCUGAUCUUGGUUAGUGCAUAAGGUUAGGGUUCAAUUUUCAUUCGAAAUUGCAGACACAAACCCUGUAAAAAGUUGGUAAGAAAAAGUAAGUUGUAAAUGUUUUAUUAUUUUUAAGGGUCUCUUGCUAAGAUCAGCCAGAGUGACGUCUUAAAGACUUUCCUGCCUGGAGACAGAGUUCAUUUGGAAUGCCUCAUAUCAGAAGAAGAUGGCAACUACUACAUCUGGAUCAAGAUGAUAAUAGGACGAGCCCCAGUGACGAUGCUGUCUGUUUACACUCACUCCAACACUGCAAAGUUGUUUGGAGAGUUUAACAACAGCACCCGGUUUACGGCAACUAAGAGUGGAACCAGUUUUGUGCUGACUAUUUCAGAUGCUAGACCAUCAGAUAUGGGGAUGUAUUACUGUGCUGCACGCGAUUAUGAUGCCAUGAACUUCGGGAAGGGUGUGUUUCUGAUGUAUGGGGGUAAGUAACAUACUGAGUGUACAAAACAUUAGGAAUAUCUUCCUAAUAUUGAGUCGCACCCCCUUUUGCCCUCAGAUGAGCCUCAAUUCGUCGGGGCAUGGACUAUACAAGGUGUCGAAAGCGUUCCACAGGGAUGCUGGCCCAUGUUGACUCCAAUGCUUCCCACAGUUGUGUCAAGUUGGCUGGAUGUCCUUUGGGUGGUGGACCAUUCUUGAUACACACGGGAAACUGUUGACCAAGAAAAACCCAGCAAUGUUGCAGUUCUUGACACACUCAAACCGAUGUGCCUGGCACCUACUACUAUACCCCAUUCAAAGGCACUUAAAUAUUUUGUCUUGCCCAUUCACCCUCUGAAAGGCUCACAUACACAAUCCAUGUCUCAAGGCUUAAAAAUCCUUCUUUAACCUGUCUCCUCCCCUUCAUCUACACUGAUUGAAUGGAUUUAACAGGUGAAAUCAAUAAGGGGUCAUUGCUAUCACCUGGAUUCACCUGGUCAGUCUAUGUCAUGGCAAAAGCAUGUUUUGUACACUCAGUGUAUAUUUCUUAUCAUGUGACUAUCAUGUGGUUAUAUUGUAAUAUAACAAACAUUUAUUAGAACCUUGGUUUUAUUGUGUAAAAGGUCCAGAUUCCAGGAACCAGCAUCUUACUCAGCAGCCUGUGUCUGAGUCAGUCCAGACAGGAGACUCUGUGACUCUGAACUGUACAAUACACACUGAGACCUGUGCAGGAGAACACAGUGUAUAUUGGUUCAGACAUGGCUCAGGAGAAUCCCGUCCAGGAAUCAUUUACACCCAUGGAGACAGGAGUGAUCAGUGUGAGAAGAACCCUGAGGCUGGGUCUCCUACACAGAACUGUGUCUACAACCUCCCCAAGAGGAACCUCAGCCUCUCUGAUGCUGGGACUUACUACUGUGCUGUGGCCUCGUGUGGGGAGAUACUGUUUGGGAAAGGGACCAAGCUGGAUGUUGGAGGUAUUUUGAUUUUAAACUCUGAAUUUAGAUUUGAAUCUGUCAUAAUUCAAGAGCAAUCAAACUAAAAUAAAUGUGCUGAUGCAACUCUAAAUUGUAAAAGGGUCUAAGGCUAAGCUUACAAUUGAAACAUAUAUAGCUGUUUAACUGAGAAUGAAUAUCAACAGCUUAUUUUAAACCACAGGUCCUAGCCCUGCUGAUCUGGUGGACCCCAAGCUCCUGGCUUUAAUCGUGUCCAACAUCUUGAGCUUGAUGGCCAUCGUUGUCCUCCUCAUCUGUAUGAGAAGGAGGAAAGGUUCUGUAUCAUUAAGGCCCUUUGUUUCUAUUAAAAUGGCUUCGGCCAUUUUGUGUGAUCAUUCACAUACUUUUCCAAUAUGAUUGCAUGCAAUGUGAUGAUCAUUACAGUAAAAUGUUGCCGCAAUAACAACCAUAAAAGUGAUUGAGGGGUGUUUUAAGGAAGAGUGUGGAUGAAUUAGCGGUUUUUAUCUCAAUAUACAAUUAUUUCUGGGUAACAAUUCAGCACCAUACUGUGAUUGUGGUAAAUAAGAAACAAAAAAUGCUUUUUAUCAAAGAGCAAUUUCUGUCAGAGUGGUCUGAGUGGGGAGGGGGAAACAAAAAUGUGCUGUUAUUGGCAGAGAGGUUUGGAACUCUCUCUCUUAUUGAUCUAUUGCCUCAUUUACUGCUUGGUGAUGUCACGAGGCAGGCCAAAAUUCCAUCCCAUCAAAAUAGGCUGACAUUUCAUGCAGUCUUUUCAAACAGCUCUUACACUAAAAAGGCAUUGUUACAAUUUUCUGAAUUUCAAAGUAUUAUUCCAAGCUCAUUGUGUGGAAAUAUACACUGAGUACACAACAUAUUAGGACCACCUUCCUAAUAUUGAGUUUCACCCCCUUUUGCCCUCAGAACGUCCUCAAUUCGUCAGGGCAUGGACUAUACAAUGUGUCGAAAGCGUUCCACAGGGAUGCUGGCCCAUGUUGACUCUAAUGCUUCCCACAGUUGUGUCAAGGAAAAACCCAGCAGCGUUGCAAUUCUUGACACACCUACUAUCAUACCCUGUUCAAAGGUACUUAAAUAUUUAGUCUUGCCCAUUCACCCUCUGAACGGCACACAUACACAAUCCAUGUCUCAAUUGUCUCAAGGCUUAAAAAUCAUUCUUUAACCUGUCUCCUCCUCUUAAUUUCUACACUGAUUGAAGUGGAUUUAACAAGUGACAUCAAUAAGGGAUAAUAUCUUUCGCCUGAAUUCACCUGGUCAGUCUAUGUCAUGGAAAGAGCAAGUGUUCCUUAUGUUUUGUACACUCAGUGUAUAUAUAAAACACAGGAAAAUCAUAUUUUUGACUGCACUGGGCCUUUAAUAAAUCCACCAAGUGUAACUUCUGUGCUAUAAUGCCAUUUUUAUAGAGGUGAAAGGCAGUGGCACUGGCACAUCCUGUCCCCAAAAUGAACACUGUCUUAAUAAUACUCAUUUUUGUCAAGCAGGUUUGCCUCAACAGCCGCAAAGUAGUGUUACAGCCCCUUCCUGUCCUGAAAAUGAGGUAGACUAUGGUACCUGUUUACUUAAAAUGUUAUUAACAAUUUAACACACUAAAAAGAACAUAACAUCUGAAAAGGAUGUGAAAACUUGUGUAAGUAACAAAAUUAUAUAUUUCCACAAUGAAAUUGCAUUUUAUCAUUUAAAUGAAAAUGACUAGCAGCCUAGUAUUGUAACUCACUUUCACACAUAUUUUUCAACUGUACACAGCACUCUACCUUGUGAGGUAGACUAUCUGACUAAUUCUCAUCUACAGAGAGACGAGGGAGAGGAGCUGAACUAUGCUGCCAUGAGUUUCUCCUCGAGGAAGACCAAGAGGAGAGCAGAACCAGAGAGACAGACCAGAGAGAGAGACAUGAAUGUGGUUUACUCU